UCAUCUCUCAAAUUUCUUCUUAAAACCCUAACUAAACCAGAAAUAAACUCAUAUUUUUUCUUUCGUCAAACAAAAACCCUAGCUUAAUCAUGAGUUCCGAUUUGGUUCUUCAACAUCAAGAAGAAGCAUUAUCAAUUUUGCAGCAACAAUCAGCAACACCGGUGAAGAAGACACUUGCGAAAAGAUCAUCAGCAUCAAGAGACAGACAUACAAAAGUGAACGGAAGAGGGAGAAGAGUGCGGGUACCAGCAAUAUGUGCAGCGAGAAUAUUUCAAUUGACUCGCGAACUAGGUCAUAAAUCUGAUGGUGAAACUAUUGAAUGGUUACUUCAUCAUGCCGAAUCAUCGAUCAUUGCUGCUACUGGCACCGGAACUAUUGCUGCAUCUAUUAGUGAAACAUGUUCUGAGUCGAAUCGGACGAGUCAUCAACUCAGUAAUGGUGGUAAUAACUUCUUAAACGAUGUGCAACACAAGUUUGACUCGUCGUCAGCAGCGUCUUCGCAGCAGUCGAUGUUUCGUUUAUAUUUGUGUCAACCAGUUGGAUUGGAAUACUCGGUUGCUGGCAGUGGUGCUGCAAAUGGUGGUGGUGGUUGCGGUGGUGGUUAUAAUAAUAGACAUAUGCCGUUUACGGCAAUGUUAUUUCAACCUUCAUCUGCUGAAAAUAGUGAGGAUCAUCAUCAACAACAUCAACUCCAUCAAGACAAACAACAUCAACAGGUUCUCGAAGAGCAUUAGGGAUUUUCUUGGAGUUUUUUUUUUUUUUUUUGUUAUUUUAGGGAUUUAUUUGAUUUGAACUAGAAAUGCAGGGUUAGAAUUUCAGAUCGUAGGUUAUGAUUUGGAGUAAAUACAACUCAAUUACAUGAAUCAAAGAAUGCUUAAUCAUUUUUUGUAAACUAUCUGAUCACUUCAUCAUCAUCAUAAGAUUCAUAACUCUA